AAAAGUGAUUGGCGCCUUGGCCUUGAAAUUUUGGUGCUCGUUUCUUUUCCCUCUAUUUACUAACUUUCAACAUUCAUUCAUUGAUUCAUUCCCGCGCGCACUGUUACUGUUCCUGUCUUCCGCACUCUCCCUCCGAUUCCAUUCAUUCAGAUCAGUUACCCCUCAGAGCCUUCUCGAAGGUUCUCAACUCAACCCUCCUUCUCACCUUUUCCUUCAACUUUUCCUAUACUCUAUUCAUCAUUCUCCGCCGAUCAAACUUACGUAUCCCUCGCUUUCGCCUUCUUUCCACUCUACGCCGCCAUUAGGUGCUGAAAGUAAGCCUGGAUUAUUUUUAUUUGAUGAAUUUUCAGGAAGCUUAAACUAUAAUGAAAACUGGUAGAUCACUAGACAGCAAAGCUGUAAAGGCUUCUGGAAAGUGCAGUCUGAAGACAGGCUCUAUUGGAGUGAAAAAUUCUCCCAAGAGAACAAAUAAAUGGGAUCACAGAGCAAGAGGAUGUGAGGGGUUGUUGACCGAUAAAGAGAAUCAGCAUUUCCCAUCUAAGGAACAUGUGAGAAUGUGCCCAGAACUUCCCAAUGAAGGUACUUUUCUUACAGAAAAGAGAGAGGCUAUUGAACUUCAUUCUGGACAAGCGCUCACUUCUUCUGCAAAGAUUAAGUUACAACUUUUUCCAAUCAAUGAAGGAACUCGGAUAGGACUUGAAAAGGAUGGGCAUAAUCCUUAUUUAGAACUUACACUUGGAGGUCGAAAGAAAAUAUCUUCAGUUCUUAAACACCUUGGAAAGAAAUGGGGAAGUUCAAGGAUAGCCAAAGGGGAGCCUGUACUCUUUCCAUAUAAGAUAACUGGAAACCUAUCUGACUGCAGAAGGUGGACAACUAAUGAUAGUGACACAACAGCCUCAGCUGUCCAUGCUGCUGUUGGAAGCCCUGCAAUUUUCCGGUUGAAGUAUGGCUGGUUCUACAUACAUGAACUUAGGUCUUUUGGCAUAGCUUCCACACCAACUCCCCAUGAACCUGGUGUACUUGGAGGAACAGAGGGAGGUAGUGAUGCUAAUUUAGAGGAGACUUUAUGUGUUGAACGGGACAAGGUUGAGGUAACAAGCAAAGAAUAUAAAACAAUUGAUGUGGGCAAUGCAUCAAGUGAAAUUGUGGCUCAGAAAAUGGAUAAUGAAGCUACUGAUCCUACGGAUAAUGAGCCAAGAGUAAGUAGUAGCCUUCAACAGUCAUCAUUUCCAUGGAUUGAUAAUCUAAGCAAUAUAAGCAUUGGGGGCCUUCUGUCUGAAGCAUCAUUACUUGGUGGACUUGAUACAAAAUCAUUUGGCUGCAAUUCUGCCAUACAAUCUGACUCGCUGGAUGCUUUUAUUGCUGCCCAUCUUAAUCAUCCUCCUGUUCCAAGACUACCAGCUGAAAACUUGCGUACAUCUAUAUUGGAUGCUGAAGAAACAUGUCAUGCAUUUCCUCUUCAAAAGUUAUCUUCCUCAGCAGACGUGCAGACAGCUCGUGGAAAGGAUUUUUUUGUGGCAUGUAGUCAGGAUGUUUCUUCAAACUCAUUAAAGUUGCCAAAAAUAGACAAGGGUAAUGGUGGACUUCCACAAAAUCCUCCAUCUGGGAAGUCUCAGACAGACCUGUCGCUUUCUUCACGCUCAUAUGAUGAUGAAAGAAGUCUUGGGUUAACAGACAUCAAAUGGAAUGACUCUUUGGGACCUUUUGAUCUUGGCAUGCCAACUAAGAAGUGUAUUGGCGGAGAUGGUGUUAGCAUUGGUGGAUUUGUUAAAUAGCCUGUAGCAGCUUAGAUGCAUAAUUUGUUGACCAAAUGACUCCAUUUUAAAGAUACGUUCUUAGGAAAGAAGAAAAAGGAAAUUGUACAUAAUAGAAAUACUUGCCGAAGAGACAAGGAUUAGAAAAGGAAAGAAAGAAACGAGCCUGACAGAAUACUGAGUUGUUCUAGUUUAAGAAUCAGAGUUAUUGAGGGGACUAAUAUUUAGCACUUUAGCAUUCGUUUAGUUCCGUGUCAACUAUCUUCAGUUGCUAAUGUGCUGAAAUGUAAUUAAAAUGAUCUAUGCUUUUUAACCUUUCAUCUUACUCUGCAAUAAGCUAUGUUAUGUGGUGCGAAUGGGAAGAAAGAUAAGUGUUAAGAAAAUCAUUGCUAUUGAAAAUAGAAUUAGUUUCUUGCAUUU